AACACAGAACACUGUCACGUGAGGUAUAAUAAUUUAUCCUACAGUAUACAUCGGCUACUCUGUUCUUUCUACAGUCGGCUGUCAACAAAGAGAUUAGGUUUCUCUGUUUAAAUAGAAAAACAAUAGUAGAGUGCAAGAACUUUCCAAUCAAAGGGAAAUGACCAGCUUAAAAAAGUGCAAAGCGGAUUAUAUGGAAAUCUUUCUUGCGCCUAGUUAUUGUUUGUGUAGACAAAUCUGCAACAAAAUUCAGAAACUGUGGAAUGAAUAAUUGAUCGUGGACAAAAAUGGAUAUUUAUGUUGGCACUUGUCCUGGGGAUCUAUAGGUUUAAUAUCGACAUAAGAAUUAUAAAAUCGGCCAAAUGUUUACUUAGCCCGUCUUUAGCCGUAAUAACCAAACAAUCUUGGACAUAAGCGUCCUGUUCAAAUACCGAGUUAACAACAUGGGGGAGACGGUGAUUUAUUAAGGGAAUAUAUUGAGUUUUCUCGAGUCUGAAUUUCUGGGAGAAUAGUAUGUACACACUGGAUAUCUAUACGGAAACGGUGUUCAUUUGUGGAUUGGAAAAUUAUCGGCCUUCACUUUGGAAAUGAAUUCAUCCCAGUAAAAAUAUACCGCGUUAUUGUGUGUGGCCUGCUACUAGGGACUGUGUUAUAUUACCAUGUGACACCUUUGAAAUUAGUGGUGUUUCUUUGAAUGUCAGGUUUAUUUCAGUGUCAAGAACAGGAAAAUCAAACGAGGUAUGUGUUUAACUGUCCAUAAUAUACAGAAACUUAUCAGCACAGCAUUUUGUUUAGUACACACGCCCUUGUGUUUGAUGUUACACAGCCGUCGAAAUAAACUUGAAAGGAUAUAUUUCACUGGAAAAGAGAUAUACAGUACUCAAUAUAUAAGCGUUUGUGCUUUAAACACUUUAAAGUGUAGCUGGCAGGUUUUAUGUUACAUAACAAUUUCUUCAACUUUGAAGAAAUAUUUAGGACGAUAUUGACACUGUGAAACUGACACUUGGGGAUGCAUAUAUUAAAUUUCCUAUCCUCGCUUGAGUGAAUUCUCACCUGCCUUUUUGCGUACUUGUCCUUUGGCAGACUGGAAAACUGAAUUCACAGGAAAUGUAUUCAGCUGUGAUAUGGAUUCUGCUACUUAUAUUGUCCCAGUGGACGCAAGGUGACCAGGUGACUAGAACAGACGUCUGCAGCAACAGCGGGAAGUUUCUGAAAUGCGAAACUAACCACGUUUUAAAAAUCAAAGAUGUCAUCUGCAUGCCUAACAACUACACCUGCCCCGAGAAGGACCGGAUUGUGUCGAUUUGCGAAGGUCAAAAGUCAUGUGAGAGUAUUGGUUUGAGACAACAAUUAUGGACAUAUUGUCAAGAUCAGCCAAGCAGAACGGUACUGGUGGAUUUCACGUGCGAAUCAGUUAAGGAUACUCCAUUAUGUCGAACUAACCUAUGCAGCGAGGAAAGCAGGGGCCUUUUGUGUCCUGCAGGAUCCAGCAUUCACGUAACAAAUCUAAAAUGUGGGUCAAUGAAUCCUGAAUACACACUUCAUGAAGUUACUGCUUCUACAAGCAACAAUCAAGCCAUGGCUGAAUUGACAAAGGCUCUUGAAGAAGAUCAAAGACUACCAGUACCAAUUUCCAAUGAGAAGCCAAAACAAAGAUUUAAAUCCCUAACAGUUGAGGAGCUUGAUGAAAUUGAAUCUAAAAAGCAUUCUUCAGCAACCAAGGCCAAAACAAAAUGGGGUGUAAAAAUUUUGCAAGACUGGAGCCUUGAGAAAUUUGGUCAUCCUCUGGAUUUGCAAACAAUUUCAAGAGAGGAACUAAAUAAUCAUUUAAGAUGGUUUUACACUGAAGUCCAACCAAAGCUGGAUUCAGAAAAGGAAAACAAAAUAUCGCAGCCUCAGGAAUAUCACAAAAACACAUUAAAAGGGAUAAGAUCUGCGAUCAGCCGACAUCUUAGUGACAUUGGCAGAGAUUUUGACAUAGUUCGAGACAAAGCUUUUAAACAAGCGAAUGGGGCCCUCACAGGAAAAUUAAAACAAAAUAUGAUCCUGGGUUUGUCUAGACCUACCCAACACAAGGCUGUGGUGUCACCUGAUGACCUUUCUAAAAUUUCUACUUAUCUUACUUCCAGCUUAGAUCCUGUUAUUUUACGCUAUCGUGUCUGGUUUAAUCUGUCACUUCACUUUGUGUCCAGGGGAUUAGAAUUCCACCAUCAGCUGAGUCCCAAGUCAUUUCUCUUCCUCAAAGACGACAAUGGUAUGGAAUAUGUAUCUCUUUCACAUGAAACUAAACAAAAGAAUUGGCAGGGAGGACUUGAUAACCAGGAGGCACCCCAGGAUAAGCGUAUGUACGCAACAGGCGAUUUACACUGUCCUAUUGCAUCACUCAGAACAUUAAUUCAGCAUACAGACCCCCAGGCACAGUCACUUUUUAAUCAUUGUACUAAAGAAGCACUCUCCUCUCCUGAAACUACUGAGGUCUGGUACAUGGCCAAGCCCUGCAAACAAUACCAAUUUUCCAAAUUCAUGCCUGAUAUUUCCAGAAAUGCAGGUUGUUCUAAAAAAUACACCGCACAUUGUCUACGCAGCACCGCCAUCCAAGCUUUAAAUGAUGAGGGUUUUGAGAUCCGCCACAUUAUGUAUAUGAGUGGACAUCGCAAUGAGGCUUCUGUACGAUCAUACAGCAGGGAUUGUUCCACCACACAAAAACAUCAACUUAGUUCUGCGCUCGCUAAAGUUGCACGCCCGUCCUCCUCCGUCUCGUCGUUUCAACCGUCCACUGAGACUGCGUUCCCGUGCACCACGUUACCACAUGCCACCGUUCCCACGUCACAACCAGUGUUCAACCGUUGCCCGUGGAACCUGCAUCAUGUCAUCUUUCCCACGUGCGAGGGGAAGCAACAUUGUCAGGCUUCCGGUCUAAGGAUGUUGGGAUUGGAGAGGACCUGUGUCGAGCCUUUUGUGCUUGCUGAUUACAUCUGUAUUCAAAGCUCUGUCAUACAUGACACAUGUACAGGAUACUCACAGAGACUUCCAGCCAGAUUUGGUGUCAUUAAAAGCCCAGGUUUCCCACAAAACCCUGAUGGAAAUCCAAAUGGUUGUGUAUGGAAACUGUCCCUUGGUCUGGGCAAAAGAAUUGACGUCACUGUCCAUUUGGCAUACUCUCGUGAGGAAACUGAGGGAAGUACGUGCUCAGCUAAAUUUCUGCACGUGCGCUACGUAGACUGUCGUACUAUGACGUCAGUGACAGAAUACUUCUGUCAAACUCACGAGGUCAAUAUCACCCGCCAGUCUUGUGGUGACGUCAAAGUUCAGAGUUACUCUUACUUCAAAGGAGACGAUAGAGGCAACAGGUUCCUUGUUUCGUAUGAAGUAGUUGGAUAUAAUCCCAAGGGACCCUCAUAUGUGCCUUACAUACUUCCUUGCGGGGUAACGACCGGAAGUGGCUUUUAUGCAUCCUCCAAGGAUGUUAAGGAUGGAGGUUAUUUAUCGUCUGAUGAAUCUCCGAAAGGAAAUGGAACAGCUGUAGAAUUUUCUUUCAAUCCAAGAAGAUUUUCUCUAAUUCUCAAAAUAGUGAUGAUAAACUUUCUUCUGUUCAUUGUUGCCUUCAUUCUUGUGAUGUCCAUCUGCCUUGUCUGUUACAAAACGAGGCAGAUAGAUCGUAAAGGCAAUUAUGAAGUAGCUAAAGAAACAAAAGACAAUAAUAAACCUGGCACAUCAAGUGUGAAAGAAGACACUAAAGUAUUAAUCGGAGAAAAUAAUGAAAGUACUGUAUCAAAUAAAGCUAGUAACCAUUUCUCUGCAGUUCAAAAUAGCAAUAAUUAUGACGGAAUAUACAAUGAAAUCAAACCGGAAGAAUUGCGAGGUACAACACAGGUACAUCCACGAAAGAAAAAUCCCUACGCUUCCUAUGAUAGCCUGGAUUUCGAUGAUGGAAUCUCAGCAGAAAUGGUUGGCGGAAGACGAUAUAGUGCUAGGUGUUCUGCAGAAAUUGUGGUGACCAGUUCCUCUCCAACUUCACUUCCACACUCUCCUGCUGAACAGAAAACAAAUCAAACUAGUCAUCAAGACAAUCAUAUAAUUGUUGGGGAAAAUGGCGUUCCCCAUGUUAAAAUCAAUAAUGAUUUUUACGCAAUCGUUCAAAAACCAAAUAGCCUUAGAAACGGCAAAAGUAGUCCUUAUCCAAGAAAUUCCUUUGAGAUGAAUACACACAAUAAUCAUGUUAAUGGUUCAAAUGGGGGUCCUUUUUCUUCAUCCGGGGCAUUACCACAACAUGAUUGUAUGUUACAUGAAGUUCAUUGCGGUAUUCCUCCCUUUCCUAACCCAGAGUCAUACGAUAAUAUGACGCUGGAAAACCGACAGUCUUCGUCAUUGGCGUAAUUUCAAGUCUGCCAUUUUUUUUAACAAUAACAUUAUAUCAUUUAUCUAGUCGUAUGGAUAAUCAGGGAUGAGAAGACAGCACCGAGUGAAUUUUUACGGAGCAAGUACUCAGGGUGAUGAUUAAUAAUUGAUAUUUUUAAUUAAAAAAAGCCACCCCAACAUUUAAUUUAGAUAUUAAGAGUUUCAUAUGAAGGUGGCAUCAUCAGUCUUUCGUAUAUAACCAUUAAGAUUGAAAAAAUUAAAUAAAAUGUUUUGCAGGUCAAUUUAUACAUUAAACUGAAAGUUUAAGAUUCAAUUCCUAUUUAGACGACAAAAAUAAGAAUUGGUGCAGUGGGAAAGACUAAAACAAAGUUUUUAGUACCUUGGUUUUAUAUUAAGCACGUCGUAUUGAAUAAAUUAGGGUCUUUACUAACUAAAAAGUUUACCUUUUUAAAAGGUAUUUCUGUUUUGUUUCUUCUUUUUUUUUUUUUAUUGAUGCACGAUGUAUGGUCACUCCGAAAUAUAGUUUCACACAGCAUAACAAAAUACUCAAAAAGCUAAUUCAGAAUUUUGAGAAAGUCAUGACCAUUUGUUGCGCUUUAAUUUGAAUACGCUUGCAUUCUUUGGUCAAUGCAUGAUUGCUGCAUGUGACACAUUUGAAGAAUGUAAAAAUUUUGCAAUUUACGCAGGUUAAUUCUAGUACUUAAUAUGUUAAUAACUCUAGUGCUGAAUGAAGUGUUCAGUUAAGCAAAUCAAGAAAUGUUAGUCAUUCGGAAGUUAAUACAAAUAUUUAUAAGAUAAUGCAUCUGUAUCACUUUUUUGCAAAGGAGUUCAGGAAUAUGCGUCACUAUAGCCAAUAAUUACUCGAAUGUAAAAGUCUUGCCAGGUUUUCUUAUAAGGAAGUGCAAUAUAAGUGCCAAAUAAAUUAAUUAUUCAG